AUGCAGACACAAUCGCAGCCCUCUGCAAUUUCACAACCACCGAACCUCACCUUCUCAAGCUUCCCAGCACCCAGCAAGUCAAACAGCAGCACCAUCGCCGGCGUACCCACCCAGAUCACCGCCCUAAACUUCGCUGACAAGCUUGUCCUCACAAUCUCUCAAUCCGGCCGUCUGAAUCACUGGCUCCAUGUUCCUCUCGCUGGAGGCCGUCCUCUAGACAACGGCUUCUUGAACCCAUCCUCCGAAACCGAUGUUGACGCAAGUCUACUACCAUUUGCGCAUUUGACAGCGACCACCGUGCUGGGCGGCACAAGAGGAGAGUUUGAGGUACUGGGGCAGACAUUGGCUACAACGCUUGCUACGGCGUUGUUGAUGAGGAACCCUGAGGAACAGAGGAUGCUAGUGGUGGGAUUGGGAUUGGAGAAGGCUGAUCAGGGAAGAGAGGCUUUUGAUGAGUUGAUUGGUGCUUGUUUGGAGUGUCUGUGA